AUGAGCAUAUCCCGAGGGCCAUGGGCAAUAUUGCAAAAAGAUGGGCUAUUUGGCGGGCUACUACUGGCGACCUUACAUGACAAGUUUCUAAGGGUCAUGGCCCUCAGUGCUAUGAUUGAUUCCCUUAUAGAUUCAUCUCCUUCUUAUCUGCCAAAUGCCAUCAUACGUCAAUUGGCUAGAUGCACACAAGAUGGUAACAAAUUUGAGCCAUGCGCAAAGCCUGGUGCACUAGCUUCAGCAGAACUUUGCUUCACAGCAAAGUCACUUGCAAGAAAUGACCAGUGUGAAACCUCUUUCAUAGAAGUUGAAGCAAGCAAGGAUAUCCUGAAACAUGAGGAGGAAGAACGCCACGCGGAGCUCCUACAUGAGCUCCAGCGUAACAAUGUAGAGGGUUAUUUGGAUGCCACUCACGAAGCCAUCUGGUUUGAGAGGUUCUUAUUGGACCGGUCCCUGGCAAAAAUUAAAGAUGACUUCGACUUCAACAGGACAGUCUACCAUAACAAUUUGGCAUUGUUGGCCACUGUAGAUGAACAACUCGAUCAACUUGAGUCUCAUGCAGAGCAGUGUGAACUCAUUUUAUCCAAAGAGGAACUUGCAAAGGAACUCAAAGCUUUGAUCAUCAAAGGAGGCGAGAGCGAAACUGAUGACAGCCUUUGUGGUUCAAAUACAUCCGGCUUGCUUUCCCCCAUAAUCAUGUCCUCAUACAAGGGCAAAGAAAAAGCCAAGCAAUCUCAAUACUCCAAUGCAGCCGCCGACUUUAACCAUCAAUUUGGACUGGACUUGGGCUUCAAUGCCACCUCGAUCUCUGUUGAUCCAUUGUUUGGCAUUGAUGUCCCAUAUAUGCAACCCUACCACAACAGUACUACAGCUCCCAACCUCCGCUUCACUCAGGCUGCUCCCAACUCCAACAUUUUUGCUCCCAACUCCUUCAACUUGCCCAACCUGUACUUUACUUGUCCCCACCCAUCCUUUACUUCUCCCACCCCCAACCCUGACUUCAAUCCAUCCAACACCAGCAACUUCACGCCACCCAACUUUACUCCACUCAACGCCAGUGACUUCCCUCCUCCCAACGCCAAUUUUUCUGCGCAUUACCCUGACUUUGCUAUGCCUAACCCCAACUUUACUCUACCCAACCCCGACUUUCCUCUACCCAACCCAAACUAUGCUCUACCCAACCCUGACUCUCUACCCAACCUCAAUUUCACUGGCCCCAACAUUGCUGCCCCUCGUCCUCAUCUUCCUCCCAACACCACAGACCUUGAACACAUGCCAUACAGUCGGAUGGUGCAUCCAAAGCCAUCACCCAUUCCACAAGCUUGGCAAGUCGGGUUUGAGAGCGAAGCUGUGAGAGGUACAUCGCAUACGUCAAGGGUCCAGAGACCCCGAGUCAAUGCAAACGUAUGGAACUCUUUUUGCUCAACUGCUGGGCCUUCGAUCACCAUGCCUUCGACUGCUGCAGGGCCUUCAACGCUUCCUGAUGACGACUCCAAGUCCGAGUCCGAGUCCGAGAUACCUCUCAACACUACCACCUCCAAGAAGAUACAACUCUUGAAGAAGGUGAUUUCCAAUCAAGCAUGCAAAACCCUAAAGGCGCCACUAGCGUCUGAGGUACAUGACGCCCUCGUCAGCUCCAUGAUAGAGCAGAUCAGCCACAAAGCCCUCGCAACAGAUUGGAUAUUGAAGAACAGCCACGGCAUAUUAAAAAGUCUCAAGACAGUUCCCAUGAACCUCUGCAAUGAGAUAAAAUGCUUAGUGCGGGCAAUUGUCCUAGGCUCGUGGGGUCUUUUGCCUGCAAUCAAGGAACAGGUCAAAGACGUUGCAGCCUACCAAUACUCUCUCAUCAAGACUCCAACAUGA